GUGUGCAAUAACUUAAUUCGCUUUUGCACUUCUUCCAAACAACGCGAUUUUUUAAAACGUUGACAAAGGGGAAAGUCUACAAAACUCAGUGCACUCUGUUAAUAACAGAAUUCUCGUUUUGGGAACAGAAAAUUGAGAUCAAAUAUUUCAUCGAUGAGAACAUUUGCAGAAUAUCGGCCAAAAUCCAUCUCCUUCCAUAUUCGCCCUCUGUCGGCAACUGGGCUUCCUCUACUACCAUAUUUGGUAGUGAGUGGAAACGCCAAGCGGAUGAUUCACAUGUAUACAUCCGGUGAAUAUCUGUCUCAUUGUUCUAUCUGUGGUAACAUUUGUAAGCCAAUUUUUGUGACAGCCACACUGAAUUUGCGGCAGCCAGCCAGUCUGUCCUCUGCUACCACUCGAACAACGUUAAAGGGGCUCGUCUCAACAUAGGCCAAUGAUUUCCAGCUCAGCAUUUCUCAAAGGGACCCGUGCAGUCCAGUGCUUCAGACCGCUACACACCACACUCAUUGCCAACAUGCCUAUCAAGGUUGGAGAAAAACUUCCAGCAGUGGAGGUUCAUGAGAAUGAGCCAGGCAAUAAGGUGUCGAUGGACCAACUCUUCAAGGGGAAGAAGGGAGUUCUCUUUGCUGUGCCAGGGGCUUUUACUCCUGGGUGCUCCAAGACUCACCUUCCAGGGUUUGUGGAGCAGGCAGCAGAGCUGAAGAGCAAGGGUGUGCAGGAGGUCGCCUGCAUCUCCGUUAACGACGCAUUCGUUAUGGCUGCCUGGGGGAAGGAGCAUGGAGCAGGCGGCAAGGUGCGAAUGCUGGCUGAUCCUACUGGUGCAUUCACUAAGGCAGUGGACCUGUUGCUAGACAACGAUCAGAUUGUUGCUGUGCUUGGAAACAAGCGCUCCCAGAGGUACGCUAUGUUGGUGGAAGAUGGCGUUGUGAAGAAUAUCAAUGUGGAGCCUGACGGUACUGGUCUGACAUGCAGCCUGGCCUCUAACAUGCUCUCUGAGCUGGUGUAGGCCUGUUGGGACUAGCUCACUCCAACCAGACAGAAGUCUAACCUUAAGUUACAAUGCACUCUCAUACUACUUUACCUGACCCUUGUCACAUGCCUGUGAAAAUAGAUGUGGUUUAAUGUACAGACAUUGUAUAGUUCAUAAACUGUGAUUAAAGCAAAACAUGUAGACUGCAA